AUGGCUCGGAAAAUGUUUCAAAUUUUGGUGUCUGCUCUGCUGUUUACAGCUUCUGUUUCGAGUGUCCUUGGAGCACCCUUUCUGACAGAAGAGUCAGUGAAUCAGUUCCUGCGGCUCAAACGACAUGUACCAUAUUCUCCGAGCUACUGGGACUCAGGCAGCAGCCAGAACUCGUGGGCAUAUACUGUGGCUCAACAGAUUAGUGAAUCAUGGGCAGCUCUGAGGGAAACAGCACAAUACUACAUGGACUUGGACCCUUAUGCCUUUAAUCCUUCGACAGCUGGCAACAACAUCAGAUCCUACAUGGAGCAUCUACAGCAGUCUGAGACUCUCCUCCAGCAACAAGCUAUUAAAUCCUACACAUCCUGUAUCUGGCCAUGUUAGGAUAUGGCAUGUUAUGUAUUUGCCAUUAUGUAUUUGAUAAGAUGACUAUAUCUCCUCCCACUUGGGUCUAAACCCAAAAUUAGCACACUAAUUCUCUGCAUAAAUACUGCAUAUUUUAUAUUCAUAAGUAGAAC